UCAACACGAUGAAAUACAGGUUCUUCAAACACAUUAUGGGUUCCGUCGUACGUGUCAUCCAAGGUCAAGGGAUCAGCGGCCCUUGCAAUGCGAUGAAGAUUGUUUUUUUCAUUUAAUGAUUGGUCAACGUUGUCAGAUGCUCCAACAUCCAACAAAACAGCUGUUUUGGAUAAUGGGUGACCUGAGCUACAGACUACCCCAACCCCAGCUGCUGAGACUGACACUGGAAGACUGUGCUAUUUGUCUAAUAAACCGUGACGAUCCAUUCCUGUUUGCCAGUCCAUCAGCUUGGAAAAACCGCAAGGAAACAGAUCGUGAUGCAGAUCCUGAAACACAACAGUUGAGACAAGUGGCACAAGCAUCAGAACACAAGUCCAAUAGAUUUAAUGACAAGGUGGUCUUGCCUAUGCCAGAUGUAAGAGCCCAGGCAGAGAAGAUAUACAGACAGGUGGUGCCUCUGAUGAACCCUACAGUCAGCAUCCAACUGGCUGAGGCCUGGUUGAGAAGUCACUUUGAUUACCAGCCCCACACCAGUGUGGCCCGCUGUGAUAUUUACAGCUACUAUGUCCAGUACUGUAGCCACAUCUCUUCGCCUCCCUGUAAUCACGCUAACUUUGGGAAGGUUGUCAAGACUGUUUUCCCCAGGAUAUGUACAAGGCGCAUUGGUGUCCGUGGAAAUUCCAAGUAUCACUACUAUGGUAUUGGACCUAGGGAAGGUGAUGACGGACCCUUGGUAUUGGUCAGUAGUGGCAAAAAACAGCAUUGCUUUGUGUAUGAAGCCAGGGCUGAUAAGAGAGAUAACAAACAGAAAUUAAUGAAAACACCAAUAUAUCAGAAGAGCCUAAAAUCCACUGAUGAAGACAGGAGAGAGCUGCUGACACUACUGGAGCCUGCCCCUAUUGUAAACCGCUGUCAUGAUCUUCCAAUACAACUGACAGACAUUAUGAAGGAAUUCCUGGCACUAUACAGAGUCCACUCACUUGAGAUCCUGGAGUGUGUUCUGGUGGCACACUUCUACCAGGUGCGAGAUGUGAUUGUGGAGUUCUGGAGAAAACUGCCGCUACAGUUUAUUACAAGUUCACUGAUGACAUAUCCUGUAGUGAUGGAGGCCAUUGUGGAGUAUGACCAUCUUACUUAUCGAGCCAUCUGUAACAUCCUGAUGCCAGACCCAGUUCAACCAACACCAUCAGGACUUGUGCAAUUUGUAAAAGACUUUGUUGACAACCUUGACUUUUGGAUUAAUGAAGGACUCCACUUGUAUCCCAAGAGACUGCGAGAACAGAAACUGGAAGCGUGUCGCAAGUUCCAGCUGCUGAUGACUGGAAACCUCCAAUUAUCUUGGACAGCUACUGCUGCCAGGUUUGUCCUCCACAGCCAUGAAACUGUCCGCCAACUACAGCUGGUACUUCAGGGUCUAGAUGUUGAGGACAUCAUAGCCCACUGUAAUCAUUGUGAUCUGGAUGAGGACACUGUUAGACAGUAUCUUGGAAAGUUUCAACAACUUUUGAUUAACAACUGUGCCCUUGAGGAAUACAUCGAAUGGAUUGAAACAAUGAUUCUUGAUCAUCUCCAUGAUAAUGAGGUUGACGGGACAUCUGCCGAGGAUGUAUCCAAGCAGCUGUUACUGCACUGGUCAUAUAUAACUGGGCAAAUCCUUCUCCAACUGACCCUGGCAGCCUCCCAAACACUAGGAUCCUUCCACUUACUUGAUGUUUUGUUCAAGGAUUAUGCAGUAUAUUACCUUCAUCAUGUCCUUAGACUCUAAAGUGCAGUGCAAUACCGCAGCCCUAGACUGGAGAUACGAUUACAUGUAUCAUGCUGCCAUUAACUCACUGAAACAGUUCUGAUACCAUUGGCGGAUAUCACCUGUGUAAAUAAUUAUAUUAUCCAUGUUUCUGGAGAUAUUAAUCACAUCACCAGGAUCUCUAAUAUUCACAUAUCUCUGAUGAUGUCACCAGCUAAUCCCAUGCUAUUACCUGUUUAUUUUAUUAUAUCACCUGUGUAUCUGGCGAUAUCACCUCAGUAUCUGAUUAGAUCACCUGUGUAUCUGGCGAUAACACCUCAGUAUCUGAUUUAAUAUCACCUAGGUAUCUGGUUAUAUCACCUGGAUAUCUUGACCAAUUUGUAUUAAAUUUCAUAAGCUUAAUGUCACAAAAGUCUAAGCCUAAGUCAAAAAAAAUGUUAUCAAAUUUGUGAAAAAAAAUAUUAAUUUCUUCAUAUUUUUUUCAACUUUGGUCAUUUGGAAUCCUAAAUGAAUGUAAACUGAAUAAUCAGCUAAUCGAACUUCAUCUCUAUUUAUGAUUUAGCUGAUGAUUUAUUUAUACAACCUAGUCUCUUAUCUAUACUAUUUUAUCAUUUGAUACACAGAACCUCAGACUUACACCCUUUUGAUGAUAUAAAUAAUAUACGUGACGUGUUUCCUUUCUUUAAUGAGAUACAUGGAUAGUGCUCCUCAGAAUCUUUUUCUAGUCAAUUUUGAAGGAUCUAUAUAGGAUUAUUUUUUUAUUUAUUUUUUUAAAAUGUUUUAGGCUUAAUGUUUUUGUUUUCUGUCAAACCUCAUAUAGUGACGUAUAAGGAGCCAGGUCCACGCUAGGACUGUAUCAAUUAGGCAGACUAAGUGUUUUAGCAUUGGCUUCUUUGUAUUUUUUACACUAUUAUUUCUAGUAUUUACAAAGGAAAUGACAAAAAAUAUUUUUAUGAAAAUUUACUGUGAAAACAGGUGACAGUUUGCGUGAGAGUUUUUCAAGCUAAAUUGAGAUGAGAGUAAUGAGUGUGGAGUGUUUGAAAGGAUACAGAUAAGCAAUAUAUAUGUCCAUUGAUUGAAUCAUUUUAAUAGCAAAAUACUUAAAGCAGAAGUGCAGUCAUUUACAAUUCUUUACAUUACUUUUAUAGUAUACAAACUGAUACCGGUAAGUUUAUUAUAUUUCAAAGUGAUUUAUACAGUAUAUUAUACAAAUAUAUAAUUCUAUACAAAGUGAUACAUUUAUUAUACAACUACAUAAAUAAAAAUGGAUAAAUUUAUUAUACAACUACAUAUAAAAAUGGAUACAUUUAUUAUACAAACCGAUUUUUGUUAGUUAACGAAAUGAUUUUGAUAUUAAAACAAAUUGCUUUCA